AUCUCACUGAUACCGAUCAGAAACUGGCUUUUUUUUUUUCUUAGAAAUGUUGAAAGGUUAAUAAAACUCCUGAUUCCUGGAAGUUGCCUGUUUUAAUGAGAAAGCUUUAAAACAUCAUCAGGCGUACCUGUUCAGUCAGAAGGAGCGGGGUGUGCGAGGUGGGUGGUGGGGGCGUUUCCAACACGAGCUGCGCGCUGAUCUCAGAAAUUAGUUGUGUUUGGGCACCACAGGUUUAAGCGUCACUCUCUUGGAGCUGCGUGCUUGAAACUGUGAGCGGAUCCGCCUCGUUGAUCCCAAGCAGCGUCCGGAGAGGAAAACGUGCUGGAAUUAGAUCAGAACCCGCCACGCAAAGACCACCGCGUGUUUCCGAUGGACCGGUCAGUGCGCGCUGGCACAGGAGGGAAGUAAACACCUAGGGCUGAGCAGUUUUGAAACAUUUUUUUGUAUUUUUUAUUUAUUUAUUUAUUUAUUUAUUUUUUGUGGGAGGGAUGGAAGGUGUAAGAAUGACAGCUGCCUUGGAUAUUAGUCGUGAAUGUAAACUUCAGUUUCAGAUACAGCUGUGAAAGUGAUCGCGAUCUCCCUGAUUCCACUUUGCAGACCGCCCCAAUGCUGGAAUGGCUUGUGGCUUUCUGUGUUGUGAUCCUGGCGCUUUUCAUAUGGCCAGGCACCAAAUAUCUGCUUGGUCCCAUCGCCUUCCCUCAGAGGCUGGGCGUUUCGCAGCUGGCAGCCGGCAGCGACGGUGCCCGCUCGGCGUGCGCGGAGGGAGCUGACGGCACCGGGAAGAAAACACGCACCGUGUCGCUCAUAUGCAACCCCUCCGCGCUGGCCAAGUACCUCCAGAAGCACUGCAGGACUUUCAGUUGCUACUCUCCGUGCGGCGGAUGGACGUGGAGAGCCAGCGCCUUUUUGCAGAGCGCGUACGAGGCGUGCUGGCCGUGCGACAGCUCGGUUCAGUUCGUGCGGGACAACCUGCAGCUCAGCGACGACGGGCUGGUGUCGCUGGACUGGGCUGUGCCGUCCUACCACAGGAGACGCAGGACUUCCAGUCACUCCACCAGCCCGGUUUUGCUCAUCAUCCCCAACUCCUUCGGAAAGAUCACAAGGAAUGUGGUGAAGCUGUGUGAAUCGGCUCUCUCCCACGGCUACCUCCCUGCAGUUUUCAACCGCCGCAGCCACAACAGCACGCCACUGACCACCCUCAAACUGCAGCAGUUUGGCGACCCUUCAGACCUGCGGGAGGCCGUGCGCUACAUCCGCUACCGACAGCCCGCCGGAAGGCUGUACGCAGUGAGCGAGAGCUCGGGGUCGGGCCUCCUCCUGUCCUACCUGGGGGAGUGCGGAUCCUCCAGUUAUGUGACUGCAGCGGUCUGCCUGUCACCGGUGUUUCGCUGCCAGAGCUGGUUUGAGAGUGGGCUAUGUUGGCCCCUGCAGUGGGCGCUGGCUCUGUAUCAGAAGAUAUGUCUCAGCAGGUACAGGACGGCGCUGGGGGACAUCAUGCACACGGACACUCUUUUUUCUAGUUGUUCCCUGCGUGGGGUGGAGGAAGCCCUCUUCUGUCAGUCUGGAUGUGUCGGCUCCACAUCUGGGACCAGCAGUGGCUGCGGCUCUUCAGUAAGCAUCCCAGGAGCCUGGGAUGCUUACUGGGAACGCAACGAACCCUUAAGAGACGUGGAUGAAGUGGCUAUUCCUGUUCUGAGUGUGUGCGCUAAAGACGACCCUGUGCGAGGAGACGCCCAGUCCUCCCUGCCCCUGGAGCUCUUUGAGACAAACCCACACUUUUUCCUCCUUCUGACAGACCGUGGAGGUCACUGUGGCUUCUCCACCCAGUCGGAUAGAAGUGCCGGUAGCGCAGCGGGCUCUGUGGUCGCAACAAGUACAGUGGACAACCGUGGCACCAACUGGAGUCACAAAGUCAUGCUGGAAUUCUUCCGAGCGACCACGGACUUCUUCAACGCAGAGGAGCGAGCGAAGCAGUUCGCUGCGAGGAGGAGAGGGCUGGGAGGGGCUGCAGGAGGGUGGGCCUUUCGUUACCGCAGCGGCAGUACUUGUAAACGAGUGCCAGCAUGUUCCCAUAAUAUUCAUGCAAUUUAUAACUGGCAAAGAUCAUAUACUCGAUGAGGUAGAGGGAAUUUUUUGAGUUUCAUUCUAUGUGUUUGUCCUCAGACUUGUAUAAAAGUUGAUGGAAGCUUCAAAAUGUCUCCAAGGCUGAGUUAAUUUUUUUCUCUAAAUCAGCAUUUAUGUUUUUUGUUAAAAAAAUCUUCCUAUUGCUUGAGUCAUCACAAUGGCUUGUAUAUAAGUAUUGCAUCAUAACUAUUUUAUAAUUUUUGUGUCAGUGCAUAUUAUACACAAUAUCUUAAAUAAUUCAGAGAGCUGUAAGUCAGAAGCUCCUCGGAUUUCGGGUACACGCACUCAUACCUGAACGAUGCUUAUCUGGGAAGGUUGGGGAAAUCAGAACCAGAUCAAAACAGAGUUCUCAUAAUUGCAUGCUUUUGUCAUAUUCAACAGCUGAAAUUCUUUAACUUUUGUGUUUUUUGUAUGUAUUAUUAAAAAGUCCUAUUUAAUGUCAUUAA